AGUGUAACAAUAUCGUCUCCUUACAGUGGAGGAAUAAUUAGUCGUAGAUGUGCAGAAACGAUAAACAGAGAUUGGUGUGCAGUGAGCUUUUAUACAUUCGGUAGGACAGCCAGUUUUGGUUGCGCCAAUGACUUUACCAUACCAUUCGGCGCCCAGACUUGUGGUGAUGGUCCCGGCUUUAUUAACCAGCAAGGAUGUCGUAUGGCCAACACACCAUCCGGUCCAUGCUAUUUUUGUUGUUGUCGUGGUGGAUCCUGCAAUCAUCCGGCAGUUUUUGCACGUGAUGCGGCUUCAGUCCUUAUUCCUGAACAAUAUCCUCAACGAAUGUUCUGGAACAGUGCUCGUUCCCUAAUCGAUUUUCGAACAGCUAUGAUCUCUGUUUAUAUCGUAGUUCGUAUACAAUAA